AUUUGGAAAUCCUAAAAUUUGAGGGGCAUUGACAACCCUUUUCCGUGUCCAAAAUUAACCAAAACAAACUCGCAAUGUGUUCGGAAUAGGUUACAAAAUCACAUUCAUUCCGUUUGCCCACACUGCACAGGUGCACGCCGCAGAAAGGAAACACGCAGAGGAAGUAGAAGGAGAAGCAGAAGCAUGGCGCUGCGUGCCUACAUACGGGAGGGCCUGAACGUGGCCGCAAUCAUGGGUGCUGGCGAUGCCAUUGCCCAGCUGGUCAUUGAGAAGAAGUCGCUGCAGCAGUGGGAUAUUGGACGAACGGCCCGAUUCAGUGCGCUGGGUCUGGUGUUUGUUGGCCCGGCUCUGCGCAAAUGGUACGUGACGCUGGAGAAGCUGGUGAGCAAGGAUCAGCCGGCGCUGCGGCGCGGCAUCAAGAAGAUGGCAAUCGAUCAGACCGUGUUUGCGCCCACCUUCACGCUGGCCAUGUCGUUUGCGGUGCCCUACGUCAACGGCGAGGAUACGGACAAGAUUAAGAAUCGCAUUCGGAGCAGCUACUUUUCGAUUAUGCUCAAAAACUACAUGCUCUGGCCGGCGGCACAGUUCGUGAACUUCACGUUCGUCCCACUGCCCUACCAAGUGAUUUAUGCUCAGUUCAUUGCCCUCAUCUGGAACUGUUACAUUUCCCUCAUACUCAACGAAUAAAAGAACUCCAGCGGAUACAAUUAA